UCGAAGACCGCAUCAACAGUCAAAACAAGAUUAGGAAAGAUUUUCGAAUUGCAGAAAAAUGUCGGGACGGGGCAAGGGCGGCAAGGGUUUGGGAAAGGGCGGAGCUAAGCGCCACCGCAAGGUCCUACGUGAUAACAUUCAAGGAAUAACAAAGCCGGCCAUUCGCCGGUUGGCUCGUCGAGGCGGCGUUAAGCGAAUCAGCGGAUUAAUCUACGAAGAGACGCGUGGCGUUCUGAAGAUUUUCCUGGAAAACGUCAUACGUGAUGCUGUUACCUACACCGAACACGCCCGCCGCAAAACUGUUACUGCCAUGGAUGUGGUUUAUGCACUCAAGAGGCAGGGCCGUACACUUUACGGCUUUGGUGGUUGAGGUCGUCUUUAGGUUUAGGAUUUUGUGUACAUUUGUUGUAGCUUUCUGAUUUUCGUUAAAGGUUUUGUGGUUUUAAUUGAAUGUAUGGAGUUCAAUGUUCCUUUAGUGAAAUGAUGUUUCGCUUGAAGAAUUAGUCUAAUUGUAGCAAAGCUUAACGAUUUUGUAAUUGUUUUGGAUGUCUUUGGGUUUUGACUAUUGUUUCUUCCUGUUAUUUACCAUGGCUGCUAUUUGUAUAUUUA